UUGCAAGUGAGUGAAUGUAAAUCAUAGAUUCUCUAUGAGGGGAAGCGCAGAGUGAUGGGACCCAAGUGAGGGAGAAACAGCGAGAUAUCACUCUCCGGGCUGGUAAUGACAGAUGUGAAGAAUGAGUUCUUGCUCAGAGAUCUGUGGGUCAGAGCAUGCUGAGCAAGCACAGAGUGCAGCAGAAAGUCAUUAUCAGCGCUAUGGAGUCCGUUCGUACUUGCACCAGUUCUAUGAGGACUGCACAGCCUCCAUCUGGGAACGUGAUGAAGAUUUUCAGAUUCAGAGAUCGCCAAGUCGGUGGAGCUCUGUUCUCUGGAAGGUUGGACUCAUGUCUGGAACCCUAGUCCUCAUUAUUGGCCUGAUAGUGAUUGCUGUUGGCUAUGUCACCUCACCAAAAAUGGAGGCCUUUGGGGAAGAUGACCUGCUUUUUGUGGAUAGUCAUGCAAUGAGGUUUAAUCAUGCUCUCGACAUAUGCAAGAUUGCUGGUGCCAUUUUGUUUUGCAUAGGAGGAAUCAUGAUGGUAAUAUGUCUUUUGAUGUCUGCUUUUGCCAAAAGUUAUUCAAAGGAAGAAAGGUACCUACAACAAAAAUUCAAAGAAAGAAUAGCUGAAUUGCAGGCUACUGUUCAUCCAAUUACAAAAGCACCUACUCCUGGAGAGAGUAAGAUUCCUGUCACACUGUCUAAAGUGCAAAAUGUUCAACCUACUUCUGAAACCUGAUGUUAUAUACAGUAUCUCAGUUACAUCCCAAGGUGUUUCUUUUAAGGUCAGCUCAUGUGAUUUCACCUAAAUAGACACAUAGGAAAGAAAAGCAAUUACAGUAUGUUAAUAAUAAUUAGCCCUAGAGCAGCAUGGUCGUGCAGUGGUUAGAAUUGCAGCACUGGGACCCUGGGUUCAAUUCUGGACCUGGGGUGCUAUCUGCAUAAAGCUUGUAUUUUCACCCCAUGUUCAC